CAACUUGAUCUGGAAAUAUGGGACCAAGCAAACCAUCGAGUACGGGGCUUUCGCGUGACAAGAGCAACAGAAUAGAGACUGAAGGGACUAGAGUCGACUCAAGAUCGAAACGCCAAGUACAUCAUAAGGUUUAACGUGAGGAUAGGAGAGUAAGCGCGCCAAAGGAUGGCGCCGCGAGACGGUAAUGUGGCGCGCGGGUAGAUAGGAAAGGCGACGUUGGAUAGGAAAGGCGAUACGGAAAGUUGGCGCGAGGGCGAAAAAGAAAUGCCAGGCGGAAGAAAAGCGCGAGGGCGAAUAGGAAAUGCGCUGCGAAAAGAAAGAAGCGAGGGCGGAGAGGAGAGGAGAGGCGGAAAGGUGACGCCAGGGCGGACAGGAAUGUAUUAGGGAAAUUUGAAGCGAGGGCGGAUAGGAAAUGGGAGGUGGGAAGGAGGUGCGCCGCGGAGAGGAGGGCGUGGAGAGUGACGCUGACAGAUCGCGUGAAGGAGAUGCGAGGGGGGAAGGGGACGCGACGGGGAGAGAGGGGACGCGGCGAGGAGAGGGGACGCGGCGAGGAGGGGGGACGCGACGAGGAGAGGGGACGCGGUGCGGAGGGGGGAAGCGACGAGGAGAGGGGACGCGGUGAGGAGGGUGGACGCGACGAGGAGAGGGGACGCGGUGCGGAGGGGGGAAGCGACGAGGAGAGGGGACGCGGUGAGGAGGGCGGACGCGACGAGGAGAGGGGACGCGGUGCGGAGGGGGGAAGCGACGAGGAGAGGGGACGCGGUGAGGAGGGCGGACGCGACGAGGAGAGGGGACGCGGUGCGGAGGGGGGAAGCGACGAGGAGAGGGGACGCGGUGAGGAGGGCGGACGCGACGAGGAGAGGGGACGCCGUGAGGAGGGGGGACGCGACGAGGAGAGGGGACGCCGUGAGGAGGGGGGAUGCGACGAGGAGAGGGGACGCGACGGAGGGAGGGGGUGCGGCGGGAGGCGAGGAGGAGAGGGGAGGAGGAGAGGUGAGGAGGAGAAGUGGGGAGGAGAGGUGAGGCGGAGUUGCGAGGAGGAUAGGGGAGGAGGAGAGGUGGGGAGGAGAGGUGAGGCGGAGAGGCGAGGAGGAGAGGGGAGGAGGAGAGGUGGGGAGGAGAGGUGAGGCGGAGUGGCGAGGAGGAGAGGGGAGGAGGAGAGGUGGGGAGGAGAGGUGAGGCGGAGAGGCGAGGAGGAGAGGGGAGGAGGAGAGGUGGGGAGGAGAGGUGAGGCGGAGAGGCGAGGAGGAGAGUGCAGCGUUUACCUCCUCUUCCUCCAACCCUCUGCCCCACCACGCUCUCCCCCCUCAUCACUCCACUCUCCCACCAUCACACCCCUCUUCUCACCUUGAGGAUAGCAGCAGCAGCAGCGGCAGCUCCCUGGUGCUGCCUGCGCCGCACUCGGGCCCCUUUAUGGAGGGCCCGGAGUGCGAGACGCCCAAUUUCAGGGGCAGGGGGGUGCCACCAAACGAUAGAGGGGUAGGGGCAGCGGCUCCUGCUGCUAGUGCUGCUGCUAGCACUGCUGCUGGGGCUGCCACCUCCUCCUACACUUUCUCCACUCUGUUGCUGUUAAAGAUACAAUAUAUCUUCACCUGUUUAUGUUAAUUAUCAAUAAUUUCAGAAACCACCAACGUUCCAUACUCUAUCCACAACAGCAUGGCUAUCACCAGCAGAGGAACACGGCACUACCAAUAGCUGCAAGAGUGGGAGCAGAGGUGGUGCUGAGAGCACGAGUGGGAGGAGCGUUUCAAGUGAGCAGCAGGAGAUGGUGAUCGAUCUCUAGUUUGGCUCUGCUUCUUCCCCCGCCCGAAACCCUCCAUACAUGUUCCACUGCCUAAAAAAGAAAUGCAACAUCA